GAAAACUGAAACCCAUUCUGCAUUUUUGCCCUUUUUUAUUUUUUUUAUUUUAAUAUCUAACGUGCCCUGACGCCACGUUAGCCGACUACACCUCGCUUGUAAUCAACGACUGUCUGUAGAACUAUUGUUCUUUCCCACCCAACGAGCUCAGACAAGAAGAGAAAGUGAAAGAAAAGAGAGAUGACGUUCAGAGGGAAGGAGAUGAUGAAGAAAGUGCUUAAGAAUGUGGGAGGGGAGAAGAACUUGGCACCGGGUCUGAAGGAGUCGUUGAAGAAGUGCAUACCGGACAGCAAGGUGGUGAUGGGCCGAGCCAAGCGCGGCCUUUACGCUGGCCGCCACAUCCAGUUCGGCAAUCGCGUCAGUGAAGAUGGAGGCAACAAGUCAAGGAGAACUUGGAAGCCGAAUGUCCAGGAGAAGCGGCUCUUCAGUUACAUUUUAGACCGCCAUAUUCGAGUUAAAGUCACCACACACGCCCUCCGCUGCAUAGACAAGGCAGGUGGGAUUGAUGAGUACCUGCUGAAAACUCCUUACCACAAGAUGGACACAGAAAUGGGCCUCUACUGGAAAGCUAAGAUUGAGAAGCUGUACGAAGAGCUUGGGAAAAUGGAAGUUGUCUUCUUCUCACCCGAGGAUGAAGAAAAGUUCGAACAGGGUUUUAAAGAUCUGAAACUAUCAGAGAGGGCGGCUCGUAGGGAAGCAAGGAGACAGAUGUACGGUUUGUCGUACAAACACAGGGAGAUUGAGGGAGGACAAGUGGAAGGCCAAGUGACUGAUGAGGAUGCUGCAAGAACUGGGGAUGGAAGCUCGCACCACGAUUUUCCUGAGCAGUUGGUUGCAAACACUUAAGUUUGGGCCUGUUCAGUUUCUUCGAAUGUUGUUCCCACAUAUGUUAGUUAAUGUCUCUUUCAAUAUUUGUUUCUCCAUGAUAUUUUUUUGGAAGUAAGGCAAGCAGUAUGAGGACUGAGAGGCCAAAACCAUAUAUCAUUUUCAGAUGGAAAUUAACUAAGAUGGAUAUAUUAUUUUAA